AUGGCACACCCAAAUUAUGAGAAGAAUUUCUUUGAAGAGGUCUUAGGUGAAGAAAAUAUGGUUCUUACAUUGAGUCCAGUUAAUGAGGAAAUUGUUGAAGACCAUCAAACGGAACCAAGUGUUUCUUCAACUUCAGAAGUCAAAGUGGAGUCACUGAGUCCAGACGAUCAAGGUGUCCGGUGGUGUGUGGUCCAUGGCAGACCACUCUUGGCAGACACAGAAGGUUGGGUUCGCUUGCAGUUCCAUGCAGGUCAGACCUGGGUGCCUAACACUCCCAGGAGGAUGAUCUCUCUCUUCAUGUUACCUGCCUGCACUUUCCCAUCCCCAGACCUAGAAGAUAAUAUGUUAUGUCCUGAAUGUGCUAAGAGGAAUAAGAAAAUUAUGAAAAAAUUAAUUGCAAUGGGGAAGAGGAAGAAACCUGGUUUGGACAUACCAACAUCAUUGGUUUUAGAUGGGCCAUGUCUUAAUACAAAAUAA